AUGACCACACAAUAUACGGGACGGGAGAAAAAUAUGUAUACAGGGUGUUGGGCCAGAAGUAGCGAGCGAACAAUAACACGGAUGGGGCAUUUUUUUUGGAAGCAGUUGGCGUGGAUGGCGCAAGCGGAAACAUGUACCUACGGGCUUUGA